UAAUCCUCAAGAUGUUAUUUUCUUGUUGCAGAAACAAAUCGUAUAAGGGCAUAGUAUUCGCAUUUAAAAAAUGCCUGGCUGUGCCGCAGUUAAUUGCAGUAAUCGGGUUGACAAGGGCUAUAGGCUCUUCUCGUUCCCGGAGGAUAAACGUGGGACAAAAUGGGUUCACAAUAUGCGACGAGAUAAGUGGACACCGACCACCUUUUCGCGAUUGUGUGAGGUACAUUUUGAAGAUUCCCAAUUCGAAGCCCAUCCCGCAUUGAUGGCUGGAGAAAACUUAAACCGAAUGCAGUCCCAACGCUUUUCGAUGUGCCCACCCCCCCGCCACGAAUCAACCCACCUAGACGAAAAUCACUGUACAAGGUUACUUUCGACAAAAAUUAAACACAUUUUUUUAACCUAUUACUGUCAAGAUUAAUAUUUUUCGCUCCUUUCAGAAUCGUGAUAAAAACGCAAUGCCUGCUCAAGUAGCAAUAGUCGGUUGUUUUGACCGAUCGGUGCUUCACGAAUUGGUAAUUUUUCAAACUGCAAUACUAUAUAUUAAUGAAAGAAGAUUGAAUUGCACGAUCCAGAAUCUUAAUCGUCUGAGUUUUUCUAUUGCAGAAUUCGGUUAACCAAGAGAAAGCUACUGAGGAGUGU